CGUUGCUAAGCGACGCGCUGCGUGCCCUGCGUGUUGCUGGCUGCAGCAUAGGCGGGAAGCGCGAUGUGAGGCGCCAUGGCCGAAGCGUGGCAGCACCCGUUCCUCAACGUCUUCAGAUACUUCAGAGUGAACGAGUGGAAGCGGUCCAGCAAGGAGGGCGACGUGGCUGUGGUGAUGGACAAAACCCUGAAGGGCUCCGUAUAUCUCAUCCGGGGAUCUGUCUCUGCCAAUAACUACCUCCAGCUUCCCAGAACCAGCACCCAGUCCCUGGGGCUAACUGGGCGGUACCUAUAUGUACUCUUCCGGCCACUGCCCGCCAAGCGUUUUGUCAUUCACCUGGAUGUGACCACCCAGGACAGCCAAGUCAUCCGAGUGUCUUUCUCCAAUUUCUUCAAGGAGUUCAAGUCCUCAGCCACGUGGCUUCAGUUCCCUUUUGUCUUUGAGACUAGGACACCUAGGAGAGUCCUGGCAGGGAUGGCUCCCCCAGGUGCCUGCUGGACUUUCCUGCAGCUUGACCUACAUGAUAUUCUGUUGAUUUACCUGAGCCGGUGUUAUGGCCACCUCAAGAGUGUCAAGUUGUGUGCCAACCUGCUGGUCAAGAAUCUCUACACUAGUGACCUGAACUUUGACCCUGGUAUCACCGUCAGUAAGGCCCAGGGAGCAAAGUUGCCUAUCAUUCCUGUUCCUCGAGAGAUGGCCUUCCCAGUGCCAAAGGGGGAGAGCUGGCAUGACCACUACAUUCAUAUUCGGUUUCCAAGUGACAGCCCACAGGCAACUUCUGAGCUGGUUUGGACGAAUAGCUCCUCUCCUGCUGCAGUCAUCUUGGAAUCUGUGCCACAGCUUCCCGCUCACCAAGUGACCCUCAGCAAGCCCUUGCAGUACAGGAUGUCUCCUGCGAUCCAGAUGCCCAGACCCCAAACUUCUUGCCCAGCCCUCUCUGCACCCAGGGUCCUUUCAGAGGCCAGCCAGUCCUGCCAGCACUCAGAGGGAUCCUGUCCAGCUGACUUAAGUGUUUGUAGCCGAGAUUCUUCAGCCUGGGUGGAGGCCUCUGCUGUACACACUGUGGUCAGGGACAGCCAGAGGCUCACCCACAAGUCCACUGGCAUGCCUGUGGCCCUUGAGGAUACUGGCUCCCAUAAGCACUUCCUCCCGGACCCAGUCCUGAGACUCAAGAGGAUCAUUGGCUUUGGAGGCCACAGCACCAAAUGGGCCCUGUGGACCAAGGAUGGGGCAGCUGUGGUUUAUCCCUGCCAUGCAGUCAUCGUCGUGUUGCACAUCUCCACUGGGGAGCAGCGUUUUUUCCUUGGCCACACAGACAAGGUGUCUGCCUUGGCACUGGACAGGAACAGCUUGCUGUUGGCCUCAGCCCAAGUGCAACCCCCCAGUGUGGUACGGCUUUGGGACUUCCCAUCAGGGAGGUGCUUGUCCCUCUUCCGGAGCCCGAUGUAUGCUGUCUGCUCCCUUAGCUUCUCCAGCAGUGGGGCUCUUCUCUGUGGUGUUGGAAGGGACCACCAGGGGAGGACGGUGGUGGUGGCAUGGGGCACUGAGCAGGUGAGCCUUGGUGGCGAGGUGGUAGCUCUCUCGAAGGUGCAUGCUGACUUCGAUGUCCAGACCUUUCGGGUUUCCCUUUUGGACGAGACCAGGAUGGCAUCAUGUGGGCAGGGCAGCAUACGGCUGUGGCGACUGCGUGGUAGGACACUGCGCUCCUGCCCUGUGGACCUGGGGGAGCACUGUGGACUGGAGUUCAGUGACCUUGCUUUUGCACAGGCCCUGGAUAGCUGCCAGGUGCCCUCCAUCCCCACUCUCUAUGUGUGUAGCCGCAAUGGCCACAUCCUAGAAGUUGACCCCCAGCGCAUGGCUGUGCGGUGUACCCACCACCUGCUGCCCACAGGUGACCCAGGUCCUGGCAUUACCAUCAACAGCCUGAGUGUCUCUCUGACUGCAUGUGCUGUGGGCUGUGAAGAUGGCUACCUGCGACUCUGGCCUUUGGACUUCUCUUCAGUGCUCCUGGAGGCAGAACAUGAAGGUCCUAUCAGCUCAGUCUGCAUUAGCCCCAAUGGUCUCUGUGUGCUCUCCACCACCUCAUCAAGCCACCUAGGCUUCCUGGACAUCCCAUCCCGAGAAUACACUGUGCUGGCAUGCUCCCAUAUGGCCCCAGUGCUGGCACUAUCCACAGAGCAGAGCCGGGGGCAGCUGGCCACCGUAUCCAUGGAUCACACUGUCCGCAUCUGGGACCUGGCCACCCUACGUCAGCUGUAUGACUUUACAUCCUGUGAUGAGGCCCCCUGUGCCAUCACCUUCCACCCCACAUGGCCAGCUGUCUUCUGUGGCUUCAGGAGAGGAGCCAUACGUGCCUUCAGCCUGGAGAGUACUGGGGUCUUGGUGGAACACACGUGCGUGCCCCAGCCUAAAGGCCCAUGGUGUCACCAAGGAGCCAUCAUUGACCUGCUGGUUACCCCAGAUGGCAACUUCCUGUUCAGCUCCUGCUGUCAGGGCUCCCUGGUUCAGUACAGCUGCUCCAACUCUCAGUGCCACGUCCUCCGUGUAGCAGCCAACGUGGUGUUCCAGGACGCUCAACCGCACCCCAACACUCUAGCAGUCAGCAGAGAUAGUCGCCUUCUGGCCUUUGUGGGCCCCUCCAAGUGCACAGUUACAGUCAUGGAUUCAGCCUCUCUCAAUGAGCUGCUGCGGGUCAGCAUUGGCACUCUGGACAGCCUGGACUCAGCUGUGGCCAUCUGCUUUGGCCCCACAUCCCCGGGCCACCUACUUGUGUCCACAUCAUCCAACAAAGUUAUGGUACUGGAUGCUGUGUCAGGACGUACUGUCCGGGAGGUAAGCCUGGGGACUGUGGGCCACUGGCAUGUUCUGCCUUCCCUCUGUUCCUGCAGCUCCUCCAGCUGUGGGGGCUGCAGCUACACUGAGGAGGGGAGACCUGCAGGCUACCUGCUGCCCACCACAGGGUGUAUUCCAAGAAUGUUUUGUUGUAGUUGUCUAGUGUCCGCCCUGUGGCUUGCACCUCCCUUGCUCUCAACAAGGAUGCCUCUUUUUUGCUGGCGGCCUCUGACCGGGCUAUUGAGGUCUGGAAAUACUCAACACAGUCUGACUCCAGCAGCCAGGUGUACAUCGGUCACUCAGAGCCUGUGCAUGCUGUGGCCUUCACCCCUGACCAGCAGCAGGUCCUCAGUGUGGGGGAUGCCAUCUUCCUGUGGGAUGUCCUGGCCACCCCUGAGAGGCAAGUGUCUGCCCUUGACUGUGUCCCAUCUGGGUCUCCUGCUGGUUCCCCUGAUACCCUUCUCAUUGCCUCUAGUAACCAAAGCAUUCCAAGGGCCUCCCCAGCCCAUGAUGCCGCUGGAGGAUGUUACAUCUCAGGCCAGGGGACUCCCUCUGCAGCAGAUAUCCAUGCCAUCCCACAUAUCCACCCAGCCAGAUCCCCACUUCAGGCCACCUGAGGGCACUGAUGGCACAUUCUCUGCAUCAGAAGAGGAAGGAUGCUGUGGAGAGAUCCAUAGUCCCACAGAACUCCUCAAGUCCCCAGGCCCACCUGUGUUUGUGGAGAAGGAGCCCAGUGGGGCUGGAGAUAAAGCCUGGGGGGCUGCUAGUAGCUCCUGGCAGUACCAUGGCCAUCCCAGUACCUGGAGCACCAGGGAAAUAAAAGCCCAGAUCCCUACUCGACCAGAUUCCUACAAGCACUUCACUGCUCGCUAUAAGGCCUUCAUGCAGGCCAAGAAUAUCUCCUGCCCUCCUGCUGGUGGUGAGCAGCUGCGCUUGAAGACUGUGGUGGGUUACAGUGGAAAUGGACGGGCCAACAUGGUCUGGAGGCCAGACACAGGCUUCUUCGCCUAUACAUGUGGCCGCUUGGUAGUGGUAGAAGAUCUGCAUUCUGGAGCCCAGCAGCAUUGGCUCGGCCAUCCUGAGGAGAUUUCCACAUUGGCCCUCAGCCACAAUGCCCAGGUCCUGGCCUCUGCAUCUUGCUGUGGCAGCGAUGCUGCCCUCUGCCAGAUUCGCCUCUGGGACGUGCCGGGGUGCCUCUGCCAGCAGCUCAUCUCCCAUCAUGACAGUGCAGUGCAGGCCCUGGCUUUCUCACCAGAUGACACAUUCCUUGUGACACUGGGGGACUACCGUGACCUCACUCUUGCCCUGUGGAGCAUGGCUACCUAUGAACUUGUAUCUGCUAACCGCCUUCCGGAGCCCAUGCAUGGUGUGGCCUUCAAUCCCUGGGAUGCAGGCGAGCUCAUUUGUGUGGGCCCAGGUGCCAUCACCUUCUGGUUCCUGCAGCAGCAUGGGGCAGACAUCAGCCUCCAGGUGCACCAAGAACCAGUCCCUGAGGAAAUGGGACUUGCCGAGCUGACCUCACUCUGCUAUGGGGCUGCCCGGCUGCUCUACUGUGGCUCUAGCACUGGCCAGGUCUGCGUCUGGGACACAGGUGCUGGCCGCUGCUUCCUAGUCUGGGAGGCGGAUGAUGGAGAAAUUGGGCUGUUGGUGUGCUCAGGGUCCAGGCUGGUGAGUGGCAGCAAUACAAGACGACUGCGUCUGUGGGCUGUAGGAGCUGUGCCUGAGUUGCAGUAUAAGGGCUCUAGUGCCAGGUCCACAUCUGUGUUUAUGGAGCGUGAGCUAACCCUAGAUGGGGCUAUAGUGAGUGCCAGCUUCGACAGUGGCAUGGACAUGGGUGUGGUGGGCACCACAGCCGGCACACUCUGGUAUAUCAGCUGGACUGAAGGCACCAGCACUCGUCUCAUCAGUGGCCACAGGAGCAAGGUGAAUGAAGUGGUCUUCAGCCCUGACGAGUCAUACUGUGCCACCUGUGGUGAGGAUGGGAGUGUGAGGGUAUGGUCCUUGGCCAGCAUGGAGCUGGUGGUCCAGUUCCAGGUGUUAAACCAGAGCUGCCUCUGCCUUGCAUGGAGCCCCCCAUCCUGUGGACACCCAGAGCAGCAGCAGGUGGUAGCAGGCUAUAGUGAUGGCACACUGCGUGUCUUCAGCAUCUCCCGUACAGCAAUGGAGCUCAAGAUGCAUCCCCACCGGUCUGCGCUGACAGCCAUUGCCUUCUCCACCGAUGGUCAGACCAUCCUCUCUGGAGACAAAGAUGGACUUGUGGCAGUGAGCCGCCCCCGUGUGGGAAUGACCUUCCGUGUGCUGCGUGACCACCAGGGUGCCCCAAUCUCUGUCAUCCAGAGCACAUAUAAAGAGUAUGUAGAUCUAGGGGUGGAGGGUGAAGACCUGUGGCUUGCUGUCAGUGAAGACCAACGGGUCAGUGUCUGGGCUUCCAAUUGGCCAGAGAACCAUUGCAAACUUCUGGACUGGUUGAGCUUCCCAGUGCCUGCUGCUUUGGAGACAUCAGGCCUCCUGCCACCCUCCCUUGCCACCUUCUGCCCUUGGGACCUGGCACUGCUGGUAUAUGUGGGUUUUGGCACACAUGAAGAGGUGGCCUUCUACAGCCUCCGCCAGAAGCAGGUGGUAGAGAAGAUAAUGCUGCCCUCUUGUGCCAUGUCCCUAAGCCUGUCACCUGGGGCCCACCUCAUGGCUGUUGGCUUUUCUGAGUGCACACUGAGCAUGGUGGACUGCACGUUAGGGACCACCCAAGAGUUUGCUGGCCAUGAUGAUGUGGUGCACCUGUGCAGGUUCACCCCAUCAGGCAGGCUGCUCUUCACAGUGGCCCACAGUGAGAUCCUGGUGUGGGAGGUCCUGAGCCCCUGAGCUGCAGUGAACCUGUCUUCCCAGGUACCCUGGGGCACAGCAGCCAGUGUGGAUGGUGGCCUGAUGGACCAAGAUAACUGGGACAGAACAGACUCUAAAUUGUCAAGACUAAGCUGUCUUGAAUCCUGGUGACCCAAAAGGACUUAAAGAACUUGGGGGUGUAACUCUGGUAGAGCACGUGCUCAGCACAGAAAAAAAAAAUUAGAAUACCUGUUUGCUUUUCACCCAAGGAUUUUUUUUUAAUGUUUCUACCUUGUACUGUUUAAAUAAACAGGCAUUUAUUGUA